UCAACGUGCCUACAAGCUUGUUACCUCCUCUCCAACCGACAACAUGAAGUGCAUCGCAGCUGUCGUCCUGUUCGGCCUGUUCGCCGUGGCUCUGGCCAAACCUCUGGAGACCGAGUCGAUCGAGCCGGCGAAGGCGGAGCAGCCGCUGGCGGCGGAAGCCGACGCCGCGAGGAACAAGCGGGGCUUGCUGCUGGGCGCCGCGUACACGGCCCCCGUAGCCUACAGCGCGUACACCGCACCGGUGGCCUACACCUCGGCGGCGUACAGCUACCCCUACGCGGCGUACACCAACUACCCUUACUACGCCGCCCCGUACUCCGCCCCGUACUACGUCCUCUAAGGCUGCCAGCAGCCCCCGAUCGGCAAGACAUCGGCAUCCACGCCACGGACACGACCGGACCGCCCACCUAAGCGCGACGACUGCACCACCGAUUCCUCUCCGGACGGCUCACCGCGGCGAGCUGCCCGGAUUCAACCGGGAUCGGUUAGGGAUAACUGCACGACACCGACAACGAGCAACGCCGGAGAGACGCGAGCGUCAAGACCGUCCAUCCGAUCGAACGAGAAUCAUCGUCGUUCCCGCGGGAAACCCGUUUCCCGUCCGAGACGCGUCGCCGGCGCUGCUCCGCGUUCUACUAACAAUUAGCUCGUAAGAAGAAACUAUCCAUCGACUCAUG